AUGGAUGAUUUUUUGACAUUUGAUGAUGGCUUAUUCGAGUCCAAUGAGUGCAAAGAAGGUUUGUUAUCUGUCUUUCAUCCAAAUGAAGUGGGAAAUCUAGAAUUUUUAUCAGGCAGCGAUGAGGAGUGUCUAAAGUCUUCAAGCGAUUGGCUUUAUUUAUCGAAGAAGUACGACGAUUGUCUGCAGUAUUUGCUUCAACUGUGGGACCGUGUUCAUAAUUACAAUGGGCUUUCUAAAAGAAUUACUGCCGAUGCUAUUGUUAGGUGCUGUUUGAAACUGAACAAACGAUGUGAAUUGCUUCCUUAUCUCCAACAGCACAGCCAAUUAUCAGUAAGCUAUGAGGAUUAUGUUGGACACUUGAUGCUUCAUUUUACUUGUUCAAUAAACGAAACAACGCAAGAUCGAAUUAAUUUACUCCAGCGUCUUCUAUUGGCACUUCCCCCAUCAUUUGUUGACGAUUCAUCAAUAUUUAUUCAUGAAAAUCUAUUUAAACACUCUCAAUUAUGGAUCGACUUAUCAGUUGCUUGGGGUCAAAUUCAGAUAGAGACUAGGACAAUGUAUUGUCCUGCAUGGUUUUCUAAGGUAGCAUUAUUGUAUGCUGAACUUGUUAAUACUAAUUCAAAGUUAAAUGAAACUUCACUUACAUGGACUGAUAAAUUUCUUAAUCCUUUACAAAUCGAAAUAUGUCGUAAACUAUCAUUACGUAUUUUAACUACGUGUAGCAGUAGUGGUAGUUCUUCAACAGGCCCAUCUUCUGCUACUACAAUGCUAAGUAAAGAUAACGGUGCAUCUAGUCACGAAAAUGAUGUACAAUUCAAUGGCGUUACUGUUACUUAUGAACUGCCGUAUAUUCCUAGUCAGAAAUGCUGUUCUACUAAUACUACUAUAGACACUAACAUUCAAGAUGAAGUCGGACACGUGUUCUUCCAAGUAUUUAUUGCUCCAUUCAUGAGUAUUUAUGAAAAAUCAAUUUAG